UUAGUAUGUGCAUCUUGUAGUGCAUUAAAGUGCAUAAAUUUCUGUAUGGCUAAUUGGAGAGACAGAGUCAGCAACACAAUAUAAAGCAAUGUCAUCUGCGCAAAUGGGAAUUGCACACUCAACUCAGAUAUAUAUGAUUAAAGCGUUCAAAUAAUGAUUCAGCCCUUCAUGUAAGAGGAAUGUUUUGGAAAACUAUGAGGUGUCAAGAACUGACUAUUUUGCUUGAACAGCAUUUAAAUUGUUCUUGCCCUUGAUUGACGCUUGCUCGGUGCAUGAUGGCACAAGGGUCAGCGCUCUGUGUAUCAGAAUGUUUUUUAUCAGAAGGCUCAAGUGUAUUUUUCCACAGCCAAUGUAUCAUUAUCUCAGCUAUCCUGGUGUAAUAAUGUAGCCACCAACCACAAAGAAACAAAAGUUUUGAUUAUCUGUCACAUAUUCAUCAGACUUUUGCAACUUUAAGGUUUUUUAAUGUUCCUUAAUCCCCUCCCUGUUUAGAGAGUACAAAGACUAAAGAUAAUCACAAAAGUCAAGCCCUGUUUUAUGGUGCCUCUGCUGGUAUUCAGCACAUAUGUCAUCCAAGGCUCAAAUAAGCUGGUACCUCACAAGUUUAGCAGACAGAACCACGCAGACGUUCACAGAGCUGUUUGAUGGAAAUAGGUUCAACAGAGAAAUUUACAUUUAAUCCUAAAGAGGGAAUAGACAACCCAGUGAUGGUCAUCACAGACGACGCAGACCCUAUGUCGACACCCAGCCCACAUCUGUGUGUUCUUAAACGAGAGGGAGGGGAGUCCUAUGGCUUCCAUCUGCGGGUGGAGAGGGGACACCAGGGUCACAUAAUCAGAAAUGUUGUGUCAGGAGGGGUGGCAGGGCGCAGUGGACUUAAAGAUGGAGACAGGCUUCUGGAAGUCAACAACUGCUUUGUUGACGAUGUUCUUCACUCAGAGGUGGCUAGGAAGAUAACGCUAAGCAGACACCAGUUAUGUUUAUUAGUGUUGGAUGGGGAGAAGUAUGAGCAGGCUGUGUCCCGUGGUAAAGACCUCCGAGGUCUGGUCAUGGCGUAUAAGUGCGAGGGCUGCAAGCCACCCAGACUCUGCCACAUCAUCAGGGAUCCUGUCACAGGUCUGGGCAUCAACUUCACACCAAUGGAAGGAGAGAAAGGUCGCUACUCUGUGAGCCUGGUUGCAGGAGGUGCAGCUGAAAAGGCAGGGGUGUGUAAAGGAGAUCACCUGGUGUGGAUGAAUGGAGCAACAGUGUCUGAUCUCACACACUCUGCACUCAGCAAGAUGAUGAAAAAAAGUGGCAAUCACAUCACCAUCCUAGUGACUGACAGUGAGAGUGAGAAGACCUACAUGCGACAGGGGAUGCCCAUCUUGCCCACCAUGGCUGUUCCACACAACCUGCCAUAUAGAGCCAGAAAACUCCACCUGAUCUCUGGGCCUGAGGGCUACGGCUUCUUACUUCGGCUGGAAAAGGCGCCAUCAGGACGCACAUUUAAUGUUCUGCGUAAGAUGGAAAGUGGCAGUCCAGCAGAGAGGGCAGGUAUGCACGAUGGAGAGCUGCUGCUGGAAGUCAAUGGACAGUCAGUGGAAUCACUGUCACAUGAGGAGAUUGUAGAGAGAGUGAGACUGAGUGGACAACAAGUCUCCCUCACCACCAUCACUCCCCAGGGGAUGGAGUUUUACACCCAGUUGGGUCUAUCGCCUCUUCUCUUCUGUGAGGAUGAUGCUGAUGAGAGAGAAAAGGAGAGCAGCGAACCAGCCUCUGCAGCACAGCAGUCCCCACAAAAAGAAGUAGAUGGCUCUUGCGAGCCUAGGCACUGUUCUCUUCAAAAAGGCCCUGUGGGGUUUGGCUUUAACCUGGGCUGUGUCCCAAAGCGUGCUGGGACCUUCAUUAGCCAGGUGGCAUUUGGGGGCUCUGGGUACAAAACAGGAUUACAAGUGGGUGAUGUGGUGAUGGAAGUCAAUGGACAAAAUGUGGAAGAAAAAUAUCUGGAAGAUGUGAUUAUGCUUGUGAAGGAAGGAGGACAUUUUCUUACCUUACUAGUCAUGGAUAAAACUAGCUACAACAAGUUGAAGCAGACUAGCUCACCUACCAAAGAUUUAACACAGGAGGAUGAAAAUUAUGAGAUUACAUUCCUGUAAGCAACAAAGAUGCUCACACAAUUCUGAAGACAUUCUUCCAGACAAUACUGCCAACACAAGAGACUUCAGACUGAGUUGAACAAGAAAACUCAACUUUUGUUGUUGUUCUUAUAUUGGCCGUGGAGGUCUAAUCUAAUCUAAUCUAAUCCCGGGGUUUCACAAAGGAAUCCACGUGAUGAAACAGAUACAAUAAACAAGAUGAAACUGUAACAGUGUCAACUCACAAAGACAUUUUGUAGUGUGAUAUGAAAAUGUCUUUUGGUUCAGUGUUAUAAAUCUAUAGAUGUAGAACGUUUAGUUUUAGACAAAAAUUGCCACACAUGAUCACAAUCAGAUAAAAUACUGAAUAAAUAAAAUGUUCCACAGUGUAAAGGACCAUAACAUCUAUAAACCAAAUUUCUUAUUGGACUGAGAUGAAUAGAACCCAGUGCCUGUGUGAAAGAAGAAACACAUUCGACACCAAACACAUUUUCAUUUUGAAAGUGUUCAGCAGUUAUGUUAAGUACUAAUGAUAAUUAAGGAAAAACACAGGUAUGGCCCUUUAAUUUUACAUAAAAAGUGUAAAUUGUAUUGUUUUGGAUGUGAGUGGAGGAUUAUGUGUAUGUGUUUUAAGAAUUGAGAAUAUAACUCAAAUGUAGCUAAAAUAAUAUGAAUAUGAAUAUUCAGAACCGUUUGCCAUGUUGAACUCCCAUAAAUGACAUAGCCUAAACACAUAUUACAAACACACAAAAUGGCAAUGUGAAACAUGACAUGAAACAUGACAUGAUACAAGUUUUAAACAAUUGUGAAAGUGCUGAUGUGAAGUGUUAAAGCACAACGUAUGUAAUCAAGAUUUUCAUGUAACUGAUCUGACCAAAUACACUAGACAUCUGAUUGUCCAUGACAUCAUUUGGUGGAGUUGGGCUCUUGGCUGAGAUGUGAUCUGAUGGACAGAUCAUGCUCUGGGGUGAUGACCUUGUCCCUCCCAAGUAUAGUCUAUGUGCUGUUACUUUCAUCAAUUUCCCAGUUAUUUAGCCUGGAAAGGUAUAGCCUACUUGACCCAGAAUGGAUCUCAUAAAUUUCCUUAAUAUGAUAUGUCAUUGUUUCUUGUUGAAUAGCCAAUGUUUAAAGGGUAUUAUGAUAUUAUAGUAUACUACAUUAUAAAAUGUUUCCAUAUGCAGUCUGUAUAAGCCGAUGAAAACUAGUCUGUGGCUAACUCGGGAGCAUUUAUAUUUUGUUUGGAUGUUGAUUAACGUACAUGAUCCCUUCUGAAAUAAAGAACAAAAUAAAUUUAUAAAUACACUUUAA